AUGCCUGUAAGUGUUGACUUUUCGCCCACAACCGAGAGCGAAACGAGCACCCGAACAUCAUUUCAUGAGCAUUUUCGGAUCCCACAAAGUACAAUUUUCCAGGAGAAACACCUGCGUUUGGAACAGCAGCUGCCUAAGAGUACCGCGUUUAAUCACGCACUGCGCGGGGGGAUUUACGUCAAAUGA